CCUUGAUCUAAUAUUAUUGCAGCUUACAUUUAAUUUAUCAAAAUGUCUACCUAUGAAGACGAUCAUAAUAUAACAAAUAGAAGGAAUAACACUAGAUCAAUUGACCAUCCAACGAGAAGAGAAUAUCGGCUUCGUCAUCAAAACCAAUUGUUUUCAUCUCAAGAUAAUGAGGAGUUGAAUUUUCGUGAUUCUAUUAAUAAUAAUUCAAAUGAUAUACUAAAUUUAAUUAAUGUUUUAUCAAACAUGGCGGACAAUUCAAACAAUACUUUGCCAACCGCAAAUUAUUUAAUUGAUCAAUUGCACGAUAUUCUAAAUGAUGACACUCACAAUUUUAACAAUAAGGGAGUUUCACAAGAAUUUAUUGAUUCAUUGGAAAGAAUCUCUAAAAAAAAACUAAAGACUAAUGAUUCCUGUUCAAUUUGUAGAAACGAUUUUUUAAAUGACCCAUACCCGUUGAUUGUUAAAUUAAAUAACUGUGAUCAUAUUUUUGAUUUAGAAUGCAUUGGACCCUGGCUCAAAAUAAAUCCAACUUGUCCGAUGUGUCGUAAAAACGUCAAUGAAAAGAGAACAAUCGAAUUGCCUACCAAAAGUAGAAAUUCAAACAAUAACGAUGGCGGAGAUGGUGAAGACAAGGAAGACGAGGAAGACGAGGAAGACGAUGGCAUGAAUAUGUAUGGUUAAAAACUGAUUAAUAACUCUUACUAAUGACCAAAAGAAUGCUCUACACAUGAUCAUUUAUUUUGUAUUAUUGUAAAUAUUAAUCGCAUCAUAACAGGACAAUAAAAUACAUAUUUAACCUCUCCUCGCAUUGCAAGUACCAUUAAAUGGCUCAUUCAGCAACAAAUAAAAACCGCUAUAUAUGGCUUUCCAAACCCUCGUCUCGAGUGGAAUGACACGGAAGGUAAACGGAACUUCACAGACCUUAAAUAUGUAAUUUAAGCAUUAUGCAGCAAUUUUUUCUUAGCAAGACCCAGACCCUUAUUAACUGAAAGCUAAAACCGUUUCAUGGGAUCCGAUCCCUGAGUCCAGGAGACUUUGAGGAGUUUUCCAGCAGGCUUUGGAAUCCUUAAGGAGGCUUCACGAAGCUCUUGCUGGCCACAACUUCGGAAUUCUACACUAAUCGCC